GGGAGGGAGGGCUACAAGAGUGAGGUAUGCUGACCACUGUGGGGUGAAUUAGGAAGUCUUAGUCUUACCUUCCCAGGCUACUGCAGCCACUGCUGCUUCUCUAGCAGCAUCUGCUCCAGCAGGAGCAACCCCAUAGCUCGGCAUCCUGGGAGCCAACCCUGGUGCAAGGCUGCCCCUGCCAUAGCAAAGGCUCCUGGGAGGUGAUUCUGGCACUUUUCUCUGCCCAUAGUCAGUACCUGGGACUGGUGCACCACUUGUCCUGCCCUAGUUACACUACUGAAUCACAUCGGGGCAUGUGCCUGGGGCUCUUUGACAACACCUUAUGUCAGGUAACCCAACUUCUUUCUUUCUUCUGCUACAAACUUCCUGUGCUCCCUCUCACCAGCAGCCUCUUCUGAGCCUUUUUAUGCGCUCAAUAGGACAUGUAUGCCCAUGUGACAUAUUGCAUUCACUGUACAGGCAAUGUCAGAAUAUCCCUAUAUGUGAUGACUCUGAUGAAGGGGUGCUUCAUUCAUAUUGUAUGGGUUAUAUUGGGGAUGCCUUCUUUGCAAUGGGUAGUUUGUGUAACCAGUGACAUUUGAGUAGGUGAGAUGGAGUACUGCACCCCUGCAGUAUGCACAGCAGGUAUCUCACCUGUGGGGCAAUGGCUGCUCACCUGUAUGAAGUCCCUGCUCUUUGAUGUGCUUACAUACCGUGUGGUGGGUGAUUGCAUGGGAUUGUGCACUGGCUGCCACUCAUCUAUGAUAUGUGUGGUGAGGGCUUACCUUUGUGAAGAGCAUGUGGAAGAGCCCUACCUGUGUUGAGGAGCGGAGCCCCUGCAUUCAUGAAAUGUCAUCUGGAACCUUAUGCAGGUCUGCUGCAGGUCUCUGAGCACUUUGAGCUGUUGUAGAGCCACUACUGAAAGAGUGAUUCAUAUGGGAUGAGGGAGCAGAGAUCUCCAGAGCUGGCUUUGGACCUAUGCAUCCUGCCACAGUGCAGUCUUGUGUGCUGCUAGGGAGCCCACAGGUGUGGAAGGGAUGAGUUGUGAGUUUGCAAUCCAUGAGUCCCGUGAUGCACUGGGACAUCUGCUAUAGCUUGGCUUGGUUACUGAUUUUGGGAUGUAUCUGAUGAUAGGCAGCCCUGGGGGGCAUGGGCUCUGAACUGUGAAUACACCUGUUGGUCCUAUUUUUCCUGAGCUAUGAGGACCAUUUACUGAUUCUGGACUGUUCCCAUUCUCUUAAAGUGGAUGGGAAUGUGUUCUUGUGGGAUGCCCAGCUUUUGCUGGCCACUGAAUCAACCCCCAUGACUACCAGCAAGCCUGGGAGUAUAGCUGUAAAGAAACAAAGUGAAUGUGCCAUUCCCUAGGCCAUUGGCCUGCCUUUAGUUACUUUCAAAGGAUAUCUGCUCCCCCUUAAGUCAUUGGGAAACCUGCUGAUUUCAGUAAUGCACUCUCAGGCUGCAAAUAUCCAGUGGCAUUGUAGAUGGUCAGAGCUUCCCCUGUCAGAGGUUCUGAAGGUUAGUCACUUCACCUUGACUGUUUUAUGACUGGCUGUGAAAUCCCUUGGUUUUUUGUCUUUAUUUCAUGAGAGCUUCUCUUACUUGAGGACAGUAGAAGCUGUAUCCACCAUCUCUCCCACUUAAGCAUAAAGAAAAGAUCACAAGCCAUCUCCCCUCCUCCCUCUCAUCCUGGGCAGGGGUUUUGCUCUGGAAGAGGGUCUGGCAGUUUGUCUCUGCCAUCAUAUUUUCGGGGGUUGCCAUCAUGGCUUUCACUUUCCCUGAUCAGCUCUACGAUGCCAUCUUUGAGGAGGAAUCGGUCAACACCAAGACUCCCAUCAGGCUGUAUGGAGGAGCCCUUCUCAGUAUCUCCCUUAUUAUGUGGAAUGCCCUAUACACAGCUGAGAAGGUCAUUAUCCGUUGGACUCUACUUACAGGAGCCUGCUACUUCACAGUACAGUUUCUAGUUACCACCAUCACCCUGGUCGAGAGCAGCCGAAUAUCCACAGGUGCCAUGCUCCUCCUUGUCAGCCUGGCUAUCUUCGUCCUCAUCAGCAUUUACUAUUAUUACCAAGUUGGACGCCGGCCCAAGAAAGUUUAAUUCCCAGGGCUUCCUGGGCUGGGAGUGGCAGGGGUCUGUGUCGGUAAUUCUGCAUAAUUUUCUGGUAGUCCCUUUUGUUCGAAAGCAACUUCCUUCUCUUUCCACUUACCGGCAUGAAUCGGUCUGUAAACCCAGUGCUGGUGCCAUUACUAGACAAGGUGAAGGGAAGGAUCUGAGACACGCAGGCCCCUCAAUUCCUGUCUGGAGAAGGCAAGUGAAUAGGUUGAGGGAGGCUAACAAGGUGUAAAGGCUAGGCUGGCUCAGGGAAAGGGGCUGGUUUUACUGAAGAAACUGGCCAUUAGGAAUCACCGCUCCAAAUCCUUUGAACAAAGCACAAAAUAGAAAUAGCACAUUGAAACCAAAUCCCAAAGGAGAGAAGGACCCGAGGAAGCCAGCAAAGGACUCAUCUCAUCCCUGUCAAUCCUGGGCCCCUUAACUGGGGCCAUCACUCAUAUUCCCCUUUUGAGUGAGCAUAUUUCAGGUAAUCUAGAACCAACCCAGGCCAGUGUCUUGGGGUGGCACUAAUUGGAUAGCUCUUUCUGUGGCUGGGUAAUUUUUCUUUUUUCCCUAAGGAAAUACUACAUGGUAUAUUUAACCUGGCAACAGGUGUUAUGGAAAUGCAAGCAGGAGACACCUGAUUAGACACAGAGAAACAAGAGGAAGACUCAGUCAUAUUCCCUCUUUUAUCACAGACCAUCUGCAGUUCUAUUAAAACUCAGAGCCAUGCUACCUCCAAACCUAAAGCCAAAGGGAUCUCUACAGAAGAAUAUGGAGCAAAAGGGUAUUGCUGUUGUGGUAAAAGAAAAAUAAUACUUGAGUGUACUGGGCAAGAAAUGUGAGAUGGAGGCUGAAGAGCUCCAAACAGGCCUUAUAGCCUGAAAUUUCUCUGAGCUGGUUCUGAUGAGAAAAUUCUCCCCCCCACUAAAAUGUCCAGCUUCUACAGCUCUAUUAGCAAUAGUGAGCAUUGUAGUCUGUCCCAUACCAUUUUAAACACUGUCUUCUGACCAAGAUGCAACAGGUUUGAGCUUGCUGGUGGAGCUGCACCUUUGUUACCAAAAAGGGGGAGGGAGCAGAGGAAAGCCUAGCAUAGAUACAGCUUAGACUGGAUAAAUCAUUAGAGUACUUGUAGCAGGGAACAGUCUUGGUCUAGCAUGCUGAAGGACCAGCUAAGCUAGGUCUCCUGCAUCCCUAACACAUGGGUAUCAAGUUUCUGUUGAUAUCUUUAAGAGGAAGGACCAAAUUCUGAGGCACUCGGCUUCCAGGGUCCUAUUCGACUGGGCUAAAGAGUGGCAAAGAAGGGGAGAUCUUGCCUUUUCCAGAUAGACCAGACAUAAAAGGACCUCAGUGCCCAUUCCCUCCCUUCUCCUUCCAAGGCCUAUCAAGACCUGCCCUGGUUCCACAGCACUGGCUCUUCUACUUUUUCUAGUGACCAUCCCAAUGAAGAAACUACUCCUCCACACAUGCCUAUACUUCUCAUAGUACCAUGCUUCUCCUUCUCUACCAGACUGAAUCAAGGAAGAUUGUAUAUAUGAAAUGGACUUCCUAUUUAUGCACCAACAUGAAGAGCUGUUGCAAUAGACUAGUCUACGAAUGGAAAAAGAAUUGACCAACCUAGGAACUCCUAUUUGCUGGGACCUAGAACAGAGUUGUAAACAAGAAAGUUAAGACUGCUGCCACUGCCAUGGUUGCUAAUGUUGCUAACACUAAGGGAAUUUUUUUGUGUGUGCAUAAAUCAGAAAAAAAAUGCCGUGGUACAGUUAACAGGGACAUCUAGUGCACAAUUGUGGUACAGCUUCCGUACAGCGUAGUAUCUCCCAAAGACUAUUUCUGUUACUUGCUUUUAGUAUUUACAAGCAUCUGCAUGAACUUGGGACACCAUGUACGUUGCACUUCCUGGCCAUACAAAGUUUGUGCAUCAAGUAGAAAUGCUAAAAAUAUUUGAGUUGGUGAUAUAUGUGAUGAUUAAAAACCUGUAGAGAAUGAUAGAAUCUGGAGGCAGAGUCUAGUUGGAGGUAGAAGUCUGAAGAAUCGCAACCUACUUGCCAAGGCUUCUUUCAAGUGCUGCCCUCCAGCCUGCACAGGGGAAGCUACUGAAUAGCUAAAAUUCCAUGUUGUCCUCAGAUGCUCAUGCCCAACACUGAACUUGUAACUCAGAAGCAUCUGGCUUGUUGGGGUAAUUUUAUUUUAGCCUAGUGAGCAGGUGAUAGGAGAGCAGCUUUCUUACUUUGGGGACAGGGAAAACCAAAGUGCUGCCCACAGAGUUCUGCAGAUCAGGCCAGGCUGGAUGGCACUGCUCUACUCAAGAUGGAGUAUUGCAUGCAUUGACCAAUGGUCAUUCUUUCACACCUGUCACUAAAUUUGGGCAGUUGCAGCCUGCACAACUGCAUGUUCAUUAAGUGGAACAUAUUGGCUGUAGCUGUUGACAGGGCCUUUGGAAAAGCAAAUGUUGGAGAUUCCCCAUCUUUGGAGGGAGAGCGGUAUAGAAGGUUAGACAUGGGGAAAGAAAUACUGGCAGUAUGAGAAAGGUAGGUAAAGCUGACCACAGCAAUAGAGAGAAUGUGGUAGAAAAUGGGGACUGUGUGGGUGAGCAAGAGGAAAUAUCUUCUCACUGUCUCUCAGGGCUGAUGUAGGAUUAAUUCAGCUAAAACGGCAUCAUCUGAUUGGGAAGUAUCAUUUCAUUACUCAGAAAUCACCAUCAGGUAGGCCAUGGAUGAGCUUCUGUUGCAGUGGUGAAGCAUCCUGUAUGCUCUGCUGGCCAUUGAACAGUCUAAAUCUAGUUUUAGUUUCUGAAGGCACUGAGCUCAUCAGACACCCCAAGUCCCUCUCUGCUUCCUGCACAGUGCAGGUUUCUCUUUGCUGAAUUUUCAACUAUGUUCAACUCUGUGGAUAGUACGAGCUUUAGAUCUAUUCUCUUGUGUGCUUGCUGCCCCCUCCAAAUGCUCAGUGACCUGGACAGAACGCAGGAGUACAGACUGCAGCUCAUCGGGGGGGUGGGGGUGAUUUGGUGCUAGUCAGGAUGAAGUCCUGCUCCCUAACAAAGGUAAAGGACAUGGGAUGGUGAAUCAGGUGUGUGUCUAAGCCCCAUUACAUUAAAAUGCUUUUAUUUUAAGCUUGGUUUCUAAAUUCUGACUUGACAUGCUGUUAUUGUCAUAUACUCUAGUGCUGUCAUCAUCACCCUUAGGGAGAGCAUGAGCGAGAGGACAUACAAACACGCAAGCCUGUGUGAUUCUACUAAAUGGGAAGGAGUUCAUGCAAUCCUCUCUGCCUGGCAGUCAUGACAUAUUAGCUGAAAGAGAGCCUCCAACACUAUGUCUAAGUGACCCUAGAAGUGGCUGUGAGAUGAAUUUUUAGCAGCUGAUGGAUGGCCUCCAUGGCUGAUUUCCUGUGGCUGUUGCCAGAAAGCUGACAAGCCUUGCUGGUUGCCUCCUUGGCUUUGGCUAAAAUGGGGAAUUAGGAGAUUGUGUAACAGAAUUAAAUGCUUUGGCAAGAAUAAGUCCAGUUCUAGCCACAGCUGGGAUGAUGUGUGCCCUUUGCUCCACCCACUCUAAUGACAAGUUGGGGUUGGCAUGGCAAUUUUUUGCUGAGAAAUUGUGUUUGCUCACAUAUGCCUGGCACAGGUUGUGCCCGGGGGAACAAUAGAUAACAACUAAGAGGUACUGUAGACUGGUAGCCAAGCAAAGAGUUUGGAGUUGAAAGCACCUAGACUUUAGUCCCAACUCUACUACUGAUGACCUCAGACAAGGCAUUUUUCCUUCAUGGGCAUGUUUUCCCAUCUGUAAAAUCAGGAGUGUGGGCCCAGUUCACCUCCUUGGGAAAGGAUGAGAAGUAAAGGAGGUACAUGGAAUAACAGACUCUUUGUACAGCCCUGUACAUUGCUGAGAGGAGUAUUGUUUUCUGAAGGCUUGUGUACUGCAACAGAGAUGGGCCUAGAUUUAUGUGGCUGGUUUCUGCAGCUGCCCCUGCAGUGGGCAGAAACAAAACCUGUCUUUGUACAAUCCCAGAAUUAGUUACCCUCACCCUCAGUGAAGUCCAGCAGAUUUGAGCAGUUGGUAUAAAGGAGAAAGGGUAUCUAUUUCCAGUACCUGUGUCUUAGCCCGUCAGCUUUUUCUGCCUGUUAGGUGUGUUGGCUUCCGUUUAUACCUCAUCCUAGCUGCUGUAACUGAGUUUAUUCCUCCUCUGGUGAGAAAGUGACUGUACGUAAGCUAAAAUGAACCACCACCUAAAUAAGUGAAAAUUAAAAACGUGCCACUUCACUGUCA